AUCCUUUUCCUAGUUUCGUCCCUUCAUAGCUCAAACUCCAUGGCAGAUCCGUUGAGUGUCGCAGCCUCCAUCAUCGGCAUCCUGGGAGCUGCAGGGCAGGUGGUGGAGUGGUUAGCCCCCGUGGUGUCAGCUAUAAAAGAUACACCAAAAUUAGCACCGCCCGUCUAUUCCGAGGUCGUCAACGUACGCCUCAUCUUGUCAGUUCUUCAGAACCUGAUCCCUAACCUGGCAACCAUGUCACGACGGAGAACCGAUCUGAUCAGCGUCGAUCAACUCAUUGCCAUCUUGACUGAUGGGGUACUAAUAUUUUCCGAGCUUGAGGCGCUUGCGCCUACCCUCAGCACCCCUGUCUCUCAGAUCCCACUCAUAACUCGUCUUCAAUGGGCAAGAAAGGAGGGCGACCUGACAGUAAUCGUGGCACGAUUGCAAAGUUUCAAACUGUCUGUCUCCCUAAUACUUAACAUCUUCCAAUGCGAAUCUGAUUCGGUAGCUGCAGAGACACAAUCGGAACUUUCUGUCAGUGUUACAUCGCUCCUGAAAAGUAAUAAGGACCUGUCUCGUCGGCUGGCUAGUCUAGAAAAUUCAUUCGACAACGGAAGCAUACUGUCCCGCCGACACAGCGCCUUCGCCUCCGAGGCAGACGACGAAGCUGAUGGGUCAAAUGCACCUGGCGCAGCAUCAAGUGGUUGGACGAUCACUGAAAGAAGACCCAAAUCAACCAUCAGCCCACUUGAGCCCAUUGCGGAGAGCGAACCCAGCACAUUCACAUUCGAAACCGACUUACAAUCGUCGCGUGUCUAUCGCAAUGCAAAAAGAGACACGUGCGACUUUUCCUUUACAAGUUCCGUUGCCAGAUCAAAUGCUUGGUCUGCUAUUUCGGGGCUUAGUGUAGGCAAUGUUUCUAUCAUUUCAGUGAUUGCCCUUCCCAUCUAUGCAGCAGAUAUAUCCAACCCGCAACAUUACAACUUCGGCUCCAGCGUGGCAGGAGACAGUUCGCCAGCCAGAUCCACGCCACGGGGAAAAUCUCUCUAUCAAGAUUGUCUUGUCCUGAAAGCACGGCUGCUAAAUAUUGAAGGCUUCGAAGACCUUUUUCUUGACGUGUCGAGCAACUUUCCGGAUGAGAAUCCGGUGAGCACGCUACGGGCAGGGCUCAGACUGCGUAGCGCGUUAUUUCUCAUACACAAUACUUUGAGCCUACGAAACCAGACCGGCCCGGUUCCACUUCAGGCACACUGGGAUCUCAAAGCGGCGGUGUAUACGUUCCUGAAAUUUUGCAUCAACCAGCUCCAGAUUCCUCCGGCCGCUUGCGCUGUCAUCAGCAACCUUUCGAGUGACGAUAUAUUGGAAUUCAGAAAGAUUGUGCGCUUUGUCGGUAAGGUCUUUGAUGAUCACCUGCCCGGGAGCACUAUCUCUGCCCACGAUGAGGCAUUAAUCAUCAAGCCAUUAUGGAGACGGGAGCUUCGCACCGUUACUCAGCUGAUUUCUGAGGAUUUCAUCGCGGAUGAAACGGAGUACUCCGCCCAGCUCGAAAACCUCUUAGAAAUAAAAGUCAAGCUUGAGAACGCUGGGAAUCUCCGGUUUGAUUGGAUUAUCCAGAGCUUUGUCAGUGCGGCCGGUCUUGCUGAUGCGCAGCAACACUUCCUCGUUGCUGCUGAGAUGACGAUGAAUCAACCUACAGAGGCUCGAAAUUGGGGUAGCCUCUUUUUGGUGCAUACGUCGAUAUUUCGGAGCCACAAAGAGUUUCUAGUCAGCAACAAGGUCGCAGGCGAAGCCACAGCCGCAAAAACAGAUUGGCCAGAUGACGGUGAGGCGGAAGCUCUUCUCACAGAGGCUCUUCGGAUGUUCGCUAUUCCAUCUCAACGGUUCGCGAAAUAUGGCACAUUCCUGGAAGAAAUCCUUGACCACUGCCAACUGGGAAGCUACCGGGAGGCUGAUCUCAUUAAGGCCAUCGACCUGCUGAAUGCAACCAGCGCUGAAAUCGAACACGCAUUCAAGCUAGAGGAAACGAGACGCCUGGUUGAUGACCUGGCGUCAAGGGUGAAGGAUUGGAAAGGACUCCAAGUCCAAAACUUUGGGAAGCUCCUGAUGUUCGACAUCGUCAAGGUCACACCACCAUGGAAGGAUGCACUCGAGCGAGAGGUCUGUAUUUGAUGGAUAUCGUCGAAAAUAUCGUCGCAAAACAGGAUUGAGAAGAAGCGUGCUAACGCCGUCGCAGUAUCGAGCGUACCUGUUCGAGAAUAUCCUCAUCAUGUGCCAGGAGAAGACAGACAAGAAAUAUGCCAAGAAUCGAACCUUGGCGUCUACGUUGAAAAUACUAAUGUCGUCCCAGCCUCAACCAGAAGUUCCCAAGAUA